GAGAGAGACACACACACAGAGAGACACAGAGAGAGACGGAGACACACACACAGAGAGACACACACAGACAGAGAGACACACACAGAGAGACACACACACAGAGACAGAGAGAGACAAAGACACACACACAGAGACACACACAGACAGAGAGACACACACAGAGAGACGCACACACAGAGACAGAGAGAGACGGAGACACACACAGAGAUACGGAGACACGCACACAGACAGAGAGAGACACACACAGAGACGCACACACACACACACAGACAGACACACACACACAGAGACACACACAGACACAGAGAGACACACACAGAGAGACACACACACACAGACACGCUCUAACGCACACUCACCGAUACACGCGAUCCACCCCACACACACACGCUCAGCGUCACCACUCACCAACACUCGGUGCACCGCACUUCCUAUCAGCACCGCCGGCGACGUACGGUGCGAAAGAAGUUCGCCGUACAUUCCAUGCGACACUCGAUCCACGGCACUCCCCAAGUAAUACUGCAAGUACUUAACGCGCACACAGACCGACACACGCGCACACAACCUCAUCCACACCCACAUAGGCCGAAAGCACACACACACGCAGACUCGUAAAUGCGCCCUCGUUCCACUCACAAACCCUCACUUAGCUCGGACACGCUCCCAUAAUAGCCCGCUUGACUGGGCUACGUACGGUGCGAAAGAAGUUCAACGCACACACACAGACACACAGGCGCGCUUGCUCCCCUACACCAUCACGGAUCUCAGCGAGUCGUCAUGCCCUCUGUCGGAGCACUUCGUGCCGUCUACAGGACGGCAGCUGUCAGGAGCUGUCACAUCUUGAGCGUGGCCACUGGCGGCGGUGGGCACUCUUCCGACCACGUGUCCAGCACCCAUCACCAUCAACAUCAUCACCACCAACAUCAGCAGAGGAAUUACCAUUGCCAUCAACAUCAGCAGCAACACAAUGGCAACAACCACCACUACUGUGGACACAUUCACCAGCAGACACGAAUGCAGAGCCGUGGCUCCGGUCUCGUCGGCACUGGUGGCCCCAUGGGGCAAUGCCCCCACGUCAGCCCGUUCACGUCCUACUCGACCCCAAUGGCAGAAGGUGGAGGAGGUGGUGGUGGAGGUGGUGGUGGAGGUGGUGACGACAUGACAGCCCCGCAGCAGAAGCCAGAGUUCCUGAGGCAGCAAUACGCGCGGCUCAAGCACGUGGUCAGCGAGAUGGUGCCCCCCACGAUCUGCCAAGCCCAAAGCGCGUCCUCCAUCUUCGCCAACAACGAGCUGAGCCUGGCGAGCGUGCAGGUGUACGGCUUCGACUACGACUACACGCUCGCAUUCUACUCCAACGAGCUGCACGCCAAGAUCUUCAGCACCGCCCUCGACAUCCUGCUGUCCGAGUACAAGUACCCAGAGGAGCUGCGUGCCUACACAUAUUUGCCGGGCUUUGCCAUCAGGGGUCUUCACUACGAUGUCCAGAAGGCUCUGCUCAUGAAGAUCGACGCGUUCCACUACAUCCAGCCGGGCACCGUGUACAGGGGCCUGAGCCCCGUGUCGGAGGAGGAGGUUCGCUCGCUGUACGACGGCACGCACGUCCCACUCGACCAGAUGAGCGACUUCUACGGCAAGGGGAGCUCCAUGAAGCAGUUCAUGGACAUCUUCUCGCUGCCCGAGAUGAUGCUGUUGUCCUGCGUGAACGACUACUUCCUGAGCAACAACAUCGACUACGACCCCGUCCACCUCUACAAGGACGUGACGGAUUCGGUGAAGGAUGUCCACACCAGGGGAGUGAUGUACAAGCUGAUUGAAAAGGAUCUCGAGCGCUACAUCCUGCACGGCAAGGAGACCCACGACAUCCUCCACAAGUUGACCGCCAGCGGCAAGAAGCUCUUCCUCAUCACCAACAGCCCCUUCAGCUUCGUCGACAAGGGCAUGCGGUACAUGGUGGGGAAGGACUGGAGGGACCUCUUUGACGUGGUCAUCGUGAAGGCCGACAAACCGAGCUUCUUCAACGACAAGCGGAAACCGUUCCGCCGGCUGGACGCGCAGGGUGGACUCCAGUGGGACCGCAUCACGGCUCUGCACAAGGGCGAGGUGUACAAGCAGGGCAACCUGUACGAGUUCAUGCGGCUCACGGGCUGGGUGGGCUCCCACGUGCUCUACUUCGGGGACCACAUCUACAGCGACCUCGCGGACCUGACGUUGCGCCACGGAUGGAGGACGGGCGCCAUCAUCCCGGAGCUGCGCGACGAGAUCAACACCAUCAACUCGGCCGAGUAUACGCGCCAGCUCACCUGGCUGCAGGCGCUCACGGGGCUCAUCGACCGCAUGCAGGUUUACCGGAGCCCCGAGUGCCUCGAGGUCGUGCAAGAGUGGGACCGUGAGCGCCAGGAGCUCCGAACGGUGACCAAGAGCCUGUUCAACCCCCAGUUCGGCAGCCUGUUCCGCACGCACCAGAACCCGACGUACUUCAACCGGCGGCUGUCGCGCUUCGCCGACGUCUACAUGACGUGCGUCAGCUGCCUGCUCAACUACGACCUGCAGCACACCUUCUUCCCGCGCCGGGCGCCGCUGCAGCACGAGGCGCCGCUCUGGCUGGACCAGCUGUGCAUCGGCUGCCUGGGACUCCCACGCCGGGAGACGGUCGCCGCCGCCGCCGCCGCCGUGGCCGCCGGUUCUGCCGCCGCGACGCAGCAGGAGCGGCAGUGACGGGGCGCUCGGUCCGCAUGUGGUCGGCAUGAGCGUUAGCGUGCGAGCGUGAGUGUGAGUGUGAGCAUGAGCGUGAGCGAGCGUGAGUGUGAGCGUGAGUGUGAGCGAGUGUGAGCGUGAGCGAGCACGAGCGCGAGUGUGAUCGAGCGUGAGCGUGAGCGAGCACGAGCGUGAGCGUGAGUGUGAGCGAGCGUGAGCGAGUGUGAGCGAGUGUGAGUGUGAGCGUGCGAGCGUGAGCGCGAGUGUGAGCGAGUGUGAGUGUGAGCGUGCGAGCGAGCGCGAGUGUGAGCGAGUGUGAGCGUGAGCGAGCGCGAGCGAGCGCGAGUGUGAGCGAGCGCGAG